AUGUUGCCAAAGAUUACAGCGCAUAGGAAACACCCCUUUUCAACAGGCAGUCCAAAGAGAGAUAUUGACUUGCCGGGCCCGAAGCAUAUGAAUAAUGUUCUAUUCACCAAAUCAGACUUCUAUCGUCGUGAUAGACGUGAAUUAGCACGUGUUCCAACCCUUGGUGAAAGCGAAAUUUGCAGCCGCGGCAAUGAAAGUGUGAUGUCCUCUCAGUUCUUGCCAAUAUUGCGCCUAUUGAAAGCAAGCACAACUGCUAUAAGUGACGAGGAUCUGAAGGAGAUUGCUAAUAAUCGCAGUUUGCAGAAAAUUUUUCUGCAAGAUUGCAAGAACCUAACAGAUGUAGGUGCAUUUUCUUCCACUCUCACGCUCGAGGAAAUGCAUCUUCGUGGGUGUUCGAAGUUGGUUUCAAUUGGUGAUAUUGGGCAAUUACCUCUACUAUGGCUACUGGAUUUAAGUAAGACGUCUGUGACAGAUAAUGAUCUGAAGAGUCUUUCUGGAAGCAAAAGUUUGCUGAAAAUUUUUCUUGAAGACUGUAAAAAUCUGACUGCGAUAGACUUUCUCUCGUCUAUCACGUCUAUUGAGGAAAUUUCCAUACGUGGGUGUCAUAAAGUCAAGCAUAUUGGUAGUUUGGGAUUGCUUUCAGCAUUGCAUACACUUGAUGUAAGUAAGAUAUCAAUAAACAAUUCAGGGCUGCUUGGGCUUGGUGCGAGCCGUAGUCUGGAGAAGAUUUUCCUGGAGAACUGCAAGCAACUUUCAAAUGUAAGUACAUUCUCUUCUAUACGGUCACUCAGGGAAAUUUACCUCAGCAGAUGCGUGCGGUUGACAAGCGUUGAUACCUUGGGCACGCUUCCCGCCCUUUGUGUGCUUGAUGCAAGUAAGACUUCAUUGACGGAUGAAGGCCUGGAAGGCCUUUCUGCAAGUCGGAGUCUGGAGAAGAUUAUUCUCGAAGACUGUGUUUGCUUAGCCUGCGUUUCUGCUCUCUCCUACAUUAUAAGCCUAAAGGAAAUUUACCUUUCUGGAUGUACUCUUAUAUCAGAGAUUGGCGUUUUGGGUUUGCUUCCAGCUCUUUGUGUGCUUGAUGCAAGUAAGACUUCAUUGACGGAUGAAGGCCUGGAAGGCCUUUCUGCAAGUCGGAGUCUGGAGAAGAUUAUUCUCGAAGACUGUGUUUGCUUAACCUGUGUUUCUGAACUUUCUUCUGUGAUGUCAUUAAAAGAGCUACGACUACGCGGAUGUAAUAGAUUGACAAUUGUUUCUGGCCUUGGUUUACUUCCUGACUUGUGCGCACUUGAUCUAAGCAUGACUGCUGUAACAGGAGUUAGCCUACGAGGUUUGGGGGAAUCUCCCAGUCUGUCAAAAUUAUUCCUCGAAAAUUGCUUGAAUUUGACAUCCGUGCAAUCCCUCUCCACCGUUUUGGCACUAGAAGAAAUUUACCUCCGCGGGUGUGUUAGGGUGAGUGAUGUGGGCGCUCUGGGCGCGCUACCUGUGUUGCAACUGCUUGAUGUAAGUAAAACCUCUGUGACAGACGAAGGGUUAGAUGGUUUGUCUGCUAGCCUUACCUUGAAGCGAAUCCUUCUCGAAGACUGCGCGAAACUCACCACAGUAGCUUCUUUGACCUAUGUUCAUACGAUUGAGGAGAUGAAUGUUUGCGGUUGUUCAGGGGUAACAAGUUUCAUCUGA